UUAGAGGGAUUGCUGGAUGCUGCUGCGGCUUUGGUACACGGCAAACGGCAAAAAAUGUGAAAUUUCAACAUCAAGCAGGACGAAUCAUAAAUUCAUGCUGGGGAUGUUGGCCGUCUCUGCGCUGGUCCUGUCCUGCUCACUCGCGAGCAGCCUAGCUGCUCUGUGCUCUGAUCUGAUCUCUCGUGGAGGAGAUGAUGAUGGUGAUGUAGCAGCACAGGGGUUCUUCCACACCACCUCGGCCGGGCUGGGUCUACGCGGAAGCUGACAGUCGACAUCGGCCAACGUCAGUGUGGCACGGCGGUUGUUGUUAUCGAAUUAACGGAGUGAUUUUUAGUCGUUGAACGGAUCUCGGCAAGUGCGCGUACAAACGCUGGAGUGUCUAGCUCGGUCAGAGUCGAGGGUCAACUUUCUGGAAAGCACUUCUUCGUUGCGGAAUCGCUGGACGCAACAAAAAAAGAAUCAAUCGCGGAAAAAAGGCCUCGUCGACUCCAAUUGCCGUUGAAGAGAGCGCCGUUAAUUGGAUUUUUAUUCGCGGCAUCGUUCGGGCGCUACUGCAAGUCCUCUUGUGCAUCGCUAUCGAGGCCCGCGUUGGAGAUGCACUGUGGAUGCAUCGGCAGUGAAGUCGCGAGUUGUUUUUUUUUUUGUAUCGUGUGACUUGCAUCGUUUGACCAGAGUGGUUGUGGUGAUGCUGGUGCACAAUUAAUGUGUCGAAUUGAAAAGGAUUAACGCGAGUUCGGACGGAAAAAAGGAUCGUUGAGGGACGUGUGUGGACGCGUCGAGUGACUGUGUCAGAGAUCAAAUGGGAUAAUUCGGUUUUGUGAGGAAGGAAGUGGAAAAAAAGUGUCACAGAGAAGAGUGUCGUGCGAGUGAGAUUGGGCUUUUUUGUUGUCUGAAGUUCUGCUAGAACAGUAGCGGUUAGUGUUGGGUUGAAUGUUUUCGUUUCGAAACAUGGAAGGAUCGACGGUGCUGCACGAUAACAAAUCAGGUUUCAACAAAACGUCCAUAGCGGAUUUUUACGAUAAGCUAGAAAAAGAAGAAAACGGUCGAAGUUUCAGUUUGGAUGAUGCCAACAGUGGGGCGUUGGUUCGACAUGAAAACGGUAAAUCAGAUCCCCGCGGCUCUCCAAUUUCUUGCUACUCCCCCCAGAGCCGCCUAUUACCGUGGGCUUCGCAACACCUCACCCCGGCCAGCGAGGGCGGCGGUAGCAUCAGCGCUCGGAAGGCACAGAAUCUGGGCCUGAUUUGCGUAGUUUGUGGGGACACCAGUUCCGGAAAGCACUACGGCAUUCUUGCUUGCAACGGCUGUUCGGGAUUCUUCAAGCGGAGCGUGCGGCGGAAGCUGAUCUACAGAUGUCAGGCUGGUACCGGGAAUUGUACGGUGGACAAGGCUCAUCGGAACCAGUGCCAGGCGUGUCGGCUCAAGAAGUGUCUCAACAUGGGAAUGAACAAAGACGCGGUCCAAAAUGAGCGUCAACCACGGAACACGGCGACGAUCCGGCCGGAAGCGCUGCGGGACAUGGAACAAGGUCGGGCUCUGCGGGAAGCGGCCGUCGCGGUUGGCGUUUUCGGCCCCCCCGUCUCGCUGGCCCUCCUCUCGCCCUCCCGGUACGGCCCAAGCAUGCUCCCGGCCCCAUCGCUUCCCACCAGCCAGUUCCUGCACCACCACAGCCAGGUGUCCUCGCUGGUCAACAGCCUGCCCCAUCACCACCCACACCAUCCAGCGGCGGCAGCUGCACACCACGCGGCAAUGCAUGGCCUCGCCAACGGCCUUUCGCUGGGUCUCAACGGGGUCACCCACGGGGCGUCGGCACUUUCGGCCGCCGCAGCAGCCGCGGCCGCUGCCGCCAACAGCCACAACAACAACAACAGCCCGCUGGUCAGCAACGCGAAUUUGAGUUCCUCGGAAAAUCUGAACGCAAACCAGUCGUCGAAUCACUCCAACACUAGUGACCCGCACUCGCCCAGGAGGGAGGACGGUGGCUGUGGGGGAGGAGCUUCGCCGGAAGUGCACCAGCCGGCGUCGCCGAACGGGACCGGACUGAACUCUUCUGCGGGUCAGGAGAGCUCGUCGGUGAAGCAGCACACGCACAGUACGUCGUCCUGCGGGUCGGCCAGUCCGAUUUUGCAGGAUGAUGCGAUGAACGAUAAUGAUGACGACUCCAUCGACGUGACCAACGACGAGGACGUUGAACCUGUGCAGAACAAUGCCGGCCUACCCGCCCUGGUCAAUCAUCCCCUGUACGGCCAAAGUCCGAUGUUCAACUUUCAGGAAACCAUCUACGAAACCAGCGCGCGGUUGCUCUUCAUGGCGGUCAAGUGGGCGAAAAACUUGCCCAGCUUUGCCAGUUUGACCUUUCGGGAUCAGGUCAUCCUCCUGGAAGAAUCCUGGGCAGAGUUGUUCCUCCUGAACGCCAUCCAGUGGUGCAUGCCAAUCGAAACCUCAGCGUGUACGUUGUUCUCCUUGAACGAGCACUGCUCCAGCGUGAACAACUCCGGGAUCUUCAAACCCGGACAGUUGGCCCAGGACCUGCGCGUGCUGAACGAUACCCUGUGCAGGUUCAAGUCCGUCAUGGUAGACCCGGCGGAGUUUGCCUGCAUGAAGGCGAUCGUGCUGUUUCGGUCGGAAGCACGAGGGCUGAAAGAUCCGGUGCAAAUCGAGAACCUGCAGGAUCAGGCACAGGUCAUGCUAGCGCAGCACUCCCGCACCCAGUUCCCUGGCCAGAUCGCGCGCUUCGGCCGGCUGCUGCUGAUGCUGCCCCUGCUCCGGAUCAUCAACUCGCACAAAAUCGAAUCGAUCUACUUCCAGAAAACCAUUGGCAACACCCCGAUGGAGAAGGUCCUUUGUGAUAUGUACAAAAAUUAGUGGCGGCCCAAAAGCUCUGUGAAAGAAACCGGAUCGUUAGACUAGCCUAAAGUAAUCGAAAUUAUGUAGUUGAAAAAAAGAAGAACUGCACAAAAACAAAACAUUUUAUUCAAACACAUCUGCGAGUAACAGCACAAAUAAAAAGCGCUUCAAUUAUUGAUAAAUUUCAAACUGUCUGUUGGUGGCAAAUUUGCGCACGAAAUAAAAAAGCAUCACUUGCGUAAUUAUUAGAACUUUUUUCCUCCCCUUCAUUUUCAUUCGGUGACAAGGCUAACCUAAUCGAACAACACCGGCUAAAAUCUAAAAUUUAUGCAAACCACUCAUUCGCAAAUUUCCACCACCAAAACAAAGCCCACCCCCACAUUUGGACUCGGAAAAGCUCUCGGCCACCACAUUUGCUCGAGCUCGUGCGUAAAUUAUUAUGCGGUCACAUUUCAUGUCACGUGUGUGUGUGUGUGUGUGUGUGCGGUUGCAGGGUCCGAUUUUUCUACGGGGUUUUUCAUUUCACCACACAGCACAGCCAACACAGCGGGCACACCAAAUUUUGUCUAAUCGGAAAAGUGUCUGCAGCGGCAAAGCUGCCGUGUGCGGGAAUUUUCCGGCUUUGCAGGUAAUCAAAUUAGAGUUGUGGGAAUGUGUGCAAAGACUUUUUUUUGUUAGAUUCAGUUGGAAAUUUUAUGAUCAGUUAACGUGUUCAAAUUAGCAAAAUGCCAAAGUGGAAAAAAGCGUAAUUACAAAAAAAACUCGCAAUUAGUCAAAAAUCUAGCUUAAGUUAAAAUGUUUUCGUGCAAUGGAUUCGUGAGUUACAUUUUAUAAGCUGUAUAUUGUAGAUUAGAAAGAGAGGCGGUUGAAUUUCAAAACAGAACAAAACUCAACCAUUAGAAUUUUAACGGCACACGUGAACUGCACAAGCACAACACUUAACACACAUACAAAAUGAUAUUCCAUUUCUGCUGAUAUUGUACAGAUUUAUGACGUAAAUAA